CCUGUGUUUCUUUUUGGUCUAAAACGCGAUGUUUUAAACUCCAGAGAAAUACCUUCCUUACAGGACCUUCGGCAAUCCAUUCAAGCCAGCAAGUUUGGAGAGCGUGUUGAGUUUAAUCAAUUCAUAACGUCGAGAUGGAGCCGAACUCACUGAAGUGGGUGGGCUCGUCUUGCGGUUUACAUGGACCAUAUAUAUUCUAUAAAGCCUUUAAAUUUAACCGGGACGGCAAACCGAGAAUUCUGUCUCUCGGAGACUUUUUCUUCGUCAGAUGUAAACCGGAGGAUCCUAUUUGCAUAGCAGAGCUUCAGCUGCUCUGGGAAGAAAGAACAAGCAAGCAACUUUUAUCAAGCUCCAAACUUUAUUUUCUACCAGAGGAUACUCCCCAGGGACGGACGGUCACUCAUGGAGAGCACGAAGUAAUCGCCGUGUCUGAGAAGGUGAUCGUGCGGCUGCAGGACCUGGUGAAGUGGACGGUACCGGACUUCUCAGGAUGGGCCAACGGUCUGAAGGCCGAGCCUCUGAAACCCUCGGUGCUCCGGGAGCUGGGGACCAACGGGAGGCGGGAGGCCCUCCACCGCUACAGGGAGAGCACCCUGACCAGCGGACUCAACUUCAAGGAUGUCCAGAGGGAGAGGGCACAGCUCGGCCAGGAGGAGGACGGACGGAAGGUUUUAGUCCUCAGUUACCCCCAGUAUUGCCGCUACCGCUCGGUUUUGGCCCGGCUCAGGGAGCAGCCGUCCUCCCUGCUCAUAGACCACACGGUGCUGGCGCUGGGCGGCAUCGCGGCGCUGGGCGGGGCCACAAGGAUCCUGUACUGCCGCGACACCUUCGAACACCCCGCCCUGCUGCAGAACGAGAGCAUCUGUGACGAGUUUGCUCCCAACCUGAAGGGGCGACCUCGGAAGAAGAAGUUGUCCAUCUCUCAGAGGAGGGAGUCUCAGGGUCAGGGGUCGGCCGGGUCGACCCAGGGUUCGGCAGCAGUGGCAGCACAAGAUCCCUGCAGCCCAGAGAGUAAAACGACAAGCAAGGUCAAACCCAACUGUAAAACGGUACCCAACGGAAAAAUAUCCACAACAGCCAAACACAAGGCCAUUGGCCUCGGCAAGAAACCCUCCGCCGAGGAGAAGGAGAGAGGAAAGGAGAAGGAGAGGGAGGAGAGGAGCGAGAAGGAGGAGAGCAAAGAGGAGGAAACAUCAGAGGAGAGCCGAGCAGAGGAGCAGGCUUUCUUAGUAGCGCUCUACAAGUAUAUGAAAGAAAGAGACACGCCCAUAGAGAGGAUCCCCUUCCUCGGCUUCAAACAGAUCAACCUUUGGACUAUGUUUCAAGCUGCUCAGAAACUCGGAGGAUAUGAGUUGAUCACGGUCCGCAGACAGUGGAAACAUGUAUAUGAUGAAUUGGGCGGCAACCCCAGCAGCACAAGCGCGGCCACGUGUACACGGAGACACUACGAGAGGCUCCUCCUCCCCUACGAGAGGCACAUUAAAGGCGAGCAGGACAAACCCCUCCCGCUGACCAAACCCCGGAAGCAGGAGGGCGUCCAGGAGAAGGCCUCAGGAGCCAAAGCUAAAGGAGCAGGAGCCAAGAAAUUGAAAGGCCCCAACAGUCUCAAGCUGGGGAGCAAAAAGGACAGAGGGGAGAUGGUGAAAGACCGAGAACAAUCGCAGGACUCCAAGGUGAAGGAGGAGAAUCACAAGCUGUCGGCCAUAAAGCACGAGAUAUCUUUGCAAGAUGAACCAAUCGUAAUAGAGGAGGAAGAACUGCAUGUUACCCUGAAGAAAGAGGAGUCUCUGACGGUGGAGCAGCCGUCGUCACUCUGCCCCAAAGAGCCCGACUGCAGAGCACCACAUGCUGGCCUGUCGCUCCACACAGGGCCCGGUCCUCAGCCUGAGUGGAGGCAAAUCAGCGAGGCCCUCCAAGCGAAACUCACUUGUGAACAGCAAACUGAAGGGCAUUUCAUUCCUAAAAAUCCUUAUCUGCCUCAUCGUUGGGAUCAGAAUAAAGCUGCUGGACAUGUUGCUCUGCCUGAGCCCAUCUCCAGGGUCAAAGACUCCAUAGAAAGUCACGGUGGGAGAGUUGGGAAGGUGCUACCCAUGUGUAAGCAGGCGGACAGACAAUGCAUAGAUUUGAGCACAGAUUCCUAUCCAGAGAAAGAUGACUAUGGGCUCACUAAGAAGGAGUCUGGCCAGGUCCCCGGACAGACGGCUGCCUACUGCAAAGCCAGCCAGGGGGUCAUGUCUCCUUUGGCCAAAAAGAAGCUCCUUUCCCAGGUGUGCGAGUCCAACCCGUUCUCCUUUACAUCUCUUUCUCUUCAGCCUCCACCUCCCACAGCUGCAUCCUCUCUCCCCGUCAUAUCAGUAGCUGAAAGGGAGAAGGAGAAGAGAAAGGGUGAGGAGGAGGUGGUGGGACAGAGGUGUGUGUCGGACAGCAUCCCUGAGGUAGCGCCCAUCUUCAGGCCGUCGGUCAUCCAGCACGCCCAGAGCAGCAAGCCUCACCAACAAGCCACCAGCGGCCCGUCAGAGAGGAGCUCAGCGGGGGAACUUUCAGACGCUUACAGCCACCGGACGAGCCACCACCUUCAGCCUCAAGUCAGUGCGCCAUGGCAGCCCUAUCUGCCCCGAAUCCACGCCCAGGACGGUGUGGAAAAAACCACGGAGAAGCUAAUGCAAGGCCCAGCUGCUCAGGCCCGGGGCUACGCAGGUGACUGCUACUCCUCCCCCCACCUCCACAGCCUGUACAGGCAAACUGAGAACUGCCUGAGCCAAGAGAGGAUGGCAGGCUUUCCCAGUGGAGAGCGGAGAGAGCACUACACGAGGGAGCGAGAAGGCAGCCAGGGCUUCGUCUGUAGCGGCCUGGAGCAAGAGGGUUUGGCCUACAGGUCUCACUACAGCGACAGGACUCGAACACACGGGGAGAGCAGAGAGGCCGACGAUGAGCCCAGAGACUUCACGAUUUCUAAAUCCUCUCUCUCUCAGAGGGUUUCCUCUUUCUCCAAGUCCCCUUUCUGCGGUCUCCCGUAUUCCAUCAUGCACCAGAGUUUGGAUUCCCACCCGAAAGCGUGCAGAGUUCAGCCUAUGACAAUCUCUCCUCCCAAACCGAGCCCAGCAGAGUCCUCGCAGCCGUUUCCCAGCCCCAAAGCUUCAGGUGAAUCCACCCUCACCAGCCCCAUCCGACCCAGCAAGCGAAGCCUCGUGGAGCCCGACGGCGACGAAGUCCCGGAGAGGAAAGUGCGCGUGGUGACGCCGAUCCACCCGGCCGGUACGAUCCGCCGCAGCGACCCGGAAGAGCUGAAAGCAGCCGAGCCGGCCCACGCCGUUCACCUCAACAACCACCUCCCUGAGGGCCACCCCACCACCACCUUCCCCCCACACCACGCCGCCCCACUCUACGCCGGCAUUUACCCGCCCGGCAGCCUGGUCUCACACGGAGCCCAGGACGGACUCCAGCAGCAUCCAGGUCUGCAGUACCUGAAAAGCCAGUCGGCCGUGUCUCCCCUCGUGCCCCCCUUAGCCUUCCACUCCAUGAUGCUCCAGAGGCAGCUGCUGGCCUCCAGUCCCAGCCCACACCACUUCUACAGGCACCCAGGGGGGGCAGCACUGUAUGGGGACCUGUUGCACCACCUGUACCCCCUGUCGACCCUCCCGCCACCCCAGCUGUCCUCGGUACACCCCAGCACCAGACUGUGAGAGGGAGAGAAACCAGCUUUUUUUCUCGCUCUCCUCCUUCAUCCUCACAAACUGUUUGAGCUUCUCUUUUGUCUUUCUGUCUCUCUUUCUCGGGGAUUGUGGCUCAGUCGAAACAAAACACUGAUUAUAUAACUGUGGCUGAUAACAGACUGAUAAAUGUGUCAGUCAGACGGACUGAAAAUUCCAUUUUCUUUUUUUUUUUUUUUUUAAAUUUGUGUAUGCCUUUGUUUAUAUACUUUGCACUGUUCUUUGUUUGUAUCACCACUUACUGUAUCUUUUUGUUGUUGUAUCCUUAUUUGCACAGUGCUCAUGUGUAUGUGCUCACAAAUCAGUUUGCCGCUCUCAGUUACCAUGAGUCAGGUUGUUGCUCUGGAUGUGUGAAAAGUGGAGGGCAACAGAGAAAAGCCAUUUGUUUACUGCGUCUGAGGGCUAAACUUUGUUGCUUAAGAACACUACAAGUAACAUGACAACGUAAAUGAAAUUCUUUAUAUAACUAGAGGUGCGUUCACCCUUGCAAACAAUGUUCAAGAGCUGUUUAGCGCAUUAUUACUCUUUAAGCAGCCAGUGGUGUUGUAUCUGUUUACAUGUCUCCACGCUGAACUCUGUCGUCUGUUCGUGCCACAGUUUAAAAACCACCUUGGAAUAGACAUUAACACUCACUGCAAUGCUGCAUAACACGAAUAGUUUCAUCACAACAUAACAUUCAGAGGUGCUGUGUAUGACAGAUGUACUGUAGACUCACUUUUUACUCAGUUCAGGUUUUUAUUCAUGAUGUAUUUCAGUUCAAAUGCAACGCGAGCAGUUGUCAUGUUCGAUCUGUCGACGAAUCAUGAAUGUUUUCUUUCUGUUAAGAGUUAAUGAAAAGCCGUUUUAAUUUUCAGUUUCUAAAUUGAAAGUAAUUUGACCCCGACAACCCUUUGUGAUGAGUACACUGUAGUGGCUUGUUUUCGUCUGUAGGACCAGCAUAAUGAAGCAGCCGUCUGCUGUGGAAUGCUCACCACGGAAGAUAAAAAGAGAAAAAAAAAAUCAGCAUUUCAUCUUUUUGUUCUUGACUUGAAAAGAUCUUUUUUAUUUUUUUUGGUGAACAGACUCUUUUAUUCAACACGCUGAAAAGACUCACUGUAUGAUUUGAUAGGAAUGUUGUCACUUAGGAUAUUACUGCUUUGCAAAUAUCUGUGCCUUUCGCAGUCUUGGAUUAGAGUUAGCACUACAGUUGUUAAGGUUUAUCUUCUGUAGCAGGGUAGGAAUGUCGAUAUUACUGUCACUCUUUGUCUGAAACGCAGCGCACAGACACUCAUACAAAAACGAAAUGGCACACUUGGCUAUCAGACACCAGACUUAAUGAGUGAGGCACAAAAUUUUUAACAUUUAAACGGUUAUAAUGGUUAGUGUUUGUGCUUAAACGAUUCUAUUCACCUGAGCUUAACUGUGUCAGGCAGUCAGUUAUACAAGAGCCUGCAAGAUUUACUGAUACUGACACAAGUCUGGUGUCUGUCAUCCGCAGGGCAUGUGUGCUCUCUGUGUUUUCUAGCAGUGAUGAAAAGGUACCAGACUUCAUAAAGUAUGCCUACCAUGCUCCGUAGCCUGAGGUGGAAAGACAACACCUGCACUGGCUUUUACAACCACUAUAAUUGCAAUCCAGGAUAGUCGAAAUACGCAGUGAACAUGUCUGGUGUUUCAAAAGAAGAAGAAGAAAAAAAGCUGUUUGUAAACUUUUACUGAAUACUUAAAGACAUUCAUUUCUGAUUAAGUACUGUACACUGCUGUGUGUAGGUAAAACUGGCAUUAGUGCUGGCUCCUGUACAGAACAUACAAGCGGGAUCAAUUCAUGGCAACCCCUCUCUCUUGUCUUAUUUUCUGUGUAAAUAGCACUGUAGAUAGUACUGCGUGGUUGUUAUCAUAUAAACUGUUAUAAUCUGUACAUAGUAUUAAAAAAAAAAAAAAACAGUAUAAAAGUUGGUUACACAAUCUAGCUGUGUCCUUGUUUGCUCUGUUUCAAGGUCACCAUGAUCACGUUAGAUUUCAAACACUACAAUUUAAGAAUUAGGAUACUCUUUUUCUUUGUUGUCGUCUCACUUUUAUUUCCCAUGUUGUUUCCAUUAAUGUGCAUCCUGAAAGUGUUUUUGAUACAGUAGCCAUCUGUUUACCAAUCACCCAGCUGGCAAGCAAGACAAAAAAAUAAAGACAUUUUGUAUGAUAUGACCUCCUGUAUAUUUAAUUAAAAUAUUUUACUAUCUA